AUGCUACAAAUCCUGACGAUAAGAGAGAGACGACCGAGGCUCCUUCAGACGAGCCCGUGGACGAACUUGCCGGGAUUCAUCAAGAAGCUUGUCAAAUACCUCCAGAACUUCCUAGUUGCGCAUGUCCCUCUCGCAUACUACUGGCGCUUCCCGGACAACGAGAUUAUGAAAAACAGGAGACAUAUUUACUAUGAUCAAGGGAUCAGCUCUUUCGUUUAUGCAGUGAAGAGCUAUCUUCCGUGGUUUUAUCACUACCACAAUGCCACAGGUGAUUUGGGCCUCAGAAGGAUUCCUGAUGCAUUCCAUGUUGGUGGCGGCAUGCUUAGGCGUGGCGAAGAGGAGGACGCAUUAUCAACUGUUAUUGCCAAGUUUCGACCAAUUGCCAAGUAUAACUCAAUCCUUAACUACCUGAUAGAGCCAUUUGUCAAUGUCAAUGUCACUACCUACGCUGUUCGCAUGAUUUCCGCAUUCCCAGCCGACGACAAGACCACCAAGGACAGCAAUGGCAAAGAUGUCGAGAUGGCCGAUGCAAGCCCCCAAGAGGCUGAUGACCGGGCUGAAAAAAUCCGAAACCGCGGAUAUCUCAAGGUGUACGUCCAGUUAGAUGCUAAAAUCUGCAAGGGUCUGGGCCACGAUUCGGUUUUCCAGCAAGGACGGACUUUUACGAUCAACUUCUACUUGAAAGGGGUUUGCGAGCGCUCCCGAUCAUCAUCGCUGGGUGGGGAAAUAUAUGCGAUUACCUACCGUCCAGUGGACAGUCAAGUCGUACGAUCUUUCGAUUCGAUUGAAGAGGCAUUGAAGCAAACUCGUUUUGGUGCUUACUUGCUUACUGGCUGUGUGUCUGAGAACUAUCCUACUCCUGAGGAUCCAACAACUUAUCCAAACGUCUUGCCUAAAGCAAGCCAUGAUGGGAAGAAAGCAAUCCCCAGAACAGAGAUCGAAAUUGCGGCGUAUGACAAGUUCAAGCUGGAGUUCGAUUCCCUCAAUACGAAUUGCAAGUGGAACCUUGACAAGCCACAACGAGAGGCAGUUCUUCUAGGUACCAAACAAAAUUUGGUCAACAUUGUCCAAGGUCCCCCGGGUACAGGCAAGAGAAUGACUCUUGCUGCUGCCGCCAUUGUGCAUGUCAAUGUAGCGGAUGACAAAGUGCUUAUGUGCACUCCGAGCAAUCCGGCGGUCGAUGGCAUUGCUCUUAUGAUCCAAAAAAUGUUACCUUUGUCAUGGGAACGUCACAUACUCCGUGAGCAUAUUGUGGGAGCAGAACAUGAGUUUGCCCUACUUUCAGAGGAAGACGAAAAGCAAUUCGUUCCAAAGUCCAAGGGAGAUGCCGAGAUGCUGGUAAUUGAACAACUUGAAAGCAUGUUGGCCGAGAAUAUCAACACAAACGAGUUGACAGAAGCGGCGUUGAAUGACACUGACAAACUUCAUCCGAAACACUUCCACGCUCGGAGCAUGUCAACUGCUGCGUACGUUCGCGCUUUAGCCGUCAGGAAGACAGAAAUUUACGGUAGUCCGCGACACCCUUCCGGUCUGUUGCCGGAAGAUAAGGGGCUUCUCGACGCCAGUAACACCCUCCUCAGCAUCGGUACUGAAUUUAAUGCCAUGCCCGGUGGUAAGGAGAAACAGGCUUCUGCUAAGAGAUUCAACGAAGCUAUGAGGCUUGCCCGCAUCGAGCAGAACACUUUAAACCAGAGGUAUGUUUCGUGGAUGAAACAGCGCAGUGUACUGAAACAGACUUCCUCGGCCUUCGAGCGAUUGCGCGAGUGUGGUGUCCCAGUCUAUCGUCUCACGAUCCAGCAUCGCAUGACACCAACAUGCAAUGUGCUGACCAAUUCGGACUUUUACGGUGGCAAAAUCACUUUCAUCAAGCGAUUCUUCCAUGGUGAGGAGAAAGACGACACCAUAGUUUAUCCCGAGGUGGUAUUCGUCAAUAUGCAGGACUCGAUCUCUUACAAGGAUCAACACUCGCCUUCAUCUGUCAAUUCCAUGGAGGCCAGUAUGGCCGCACACAUCAUAUGUUCACUUCUGGCCCACAACCCAGAAUUGAAGCCCAGCGCGAAUUGGAUGCCGAUCAUUGCGAAUGAGGAAAAUUGGACCAAGGCACAUAUACCAGACAUGUCCCAGAUCGUCUACGAUACCGUUCACUCCUCUCAAGGGCGCGAGGUGGACAUAUCCAUUGUCAGUUUCGGUGCAUGUUGUGUCAAAGAUUUCAACGAUCAAUAUGAGACCGUCGACACCAGAGCUUGGGACGCGUUUCCGUACAUCAGCCCCCAUGUGCGAGACUCCGCCCUGCGAACGUGGCCAGCUCUCGCCAGAAGUUCGCCUUAUCAUGCUGGGAAACCUUGA